UCUGCGCAGGCCACUCAACGCAAUACAACGCUUGUGAAGAUCGCUGUGUGUACCCUGCUGAAGACUGUCCAACUCAACAGAGCGAUACCAUAGCUAGCUAGCUAACAUUUAUCUGUGCUAGCCAUAUAGUCGUAUAAUGAGAGAUAUUCUGCAAGAGACGAAUAGCAAUUAAGUGGCCGACAUAUUAAUAGAAACACAUUAGGCCAUCCAAAUGGUAAUCAUGUCAGGCACAGCCACUGUGCUGCAACAGUUUAUCAGUGGACUGAAGAGUCGAAAUGAAGACACCAGAGCAAAAUCUGCCAAAGAUCUGCAGCAUUAUGUGACUACAGAACUCAGAGAGUUAAGCCAAGAUGAAGCCACUACAUUCUAUGAUGAGUUAAACCACCACAUAUUUGAGCUGGUAUCCAGCUCUGAUGUGAAUGAGAAGAAAGGAGGGAUUCUCGCCAUUGUGAGUCUGAUUGGAGUCGAGGGAGGCAAUGCCACCAGGAUCAGCCGCUUUGCCAAUUACCUGCGCAACCUGCUCCCCUCCAGCGACCCUGUGGUGAUGGAGAUGGCCUCUAAAGCCAUGGGCCACCUUUCUAUGGCUGGGGACACCUUUACUGCUGAAUAUGUGGAGUUUGAGGUGAAGAGGGCCUUGGAGUGGCUGGGAGCAGACAGAAAUGAAGGCAGACGCCAUGCUGCAGUGUUGGUGUUGAGAGAGCUGGCUGUGAGCGCACCCACCUUUUUCUUUCAGCAAGUGCAGCCCUUCUUUGACAACAUCUUUUAUGCAGUAUGGGACCCCAAGCAGGCCAUCCGAGAAGGGGCAGUAUCUGCAUUGCGAGCCUCUCUCAUUCUCACCACGCAGAGGGAGACCAAGGAAAUGCAGAAACCACAGUGGUACAAACAAACCUUUGAGGAGGCAGAGAAAGGCUUCGAUGAGACUUUGGCCAAAGAGAAAGGGAUGAAUCGAGAUGACAGGGUCCACGGUGCUCUUCUGAUCCUGAAUGAGCUGGUUCGCAUCAGCAGCAUGGAGGGAGAGCGCAUGCGUGAGGAGAUGGAGGAAAUCACGCAGCAGCAGCUGGUUCAUGAUAAGUACUGCAAGGAGAUGAUGGGAUUUGGAGCCAAGCCCCGACACAUCACACCCUUUACUAGCUUCCAGUCGGUGCAGCCACAGCAGUCAAACGCCCUCCUGGGCCUGCUGGGCUACAGCACGCCUCAGGGCUACCUCAGCUUUGGAGCCACACCGGCACCUACCAAGAGCUUGCUGGUGGAGAGUCGAUAUUGCCGUGAGCUGAUGGAGGAACGAUUCGAUCAGGUGUGUCGGUGGGUGCUGAAAUACAAGACCAGUAAAAACCCUCUGAUCCAGAUGACCAUCCUCAACCUCCUUCCACGCCUAGCUGCCUUCCAGCCAAAUAACUUUACAGACCAGUACCUCUCAGACACUAUGGGCUACCUGCUGGCCAGUCUGAAGAAGGAGAAGGAGAGAACGUCAGCUUUCCAGGCUCUGGGGCUGCUGGUAGUGGCCGUCAGGGCAGAAAUCCAGCCUUACCUCACAAAGAUCCUUGAAAUCAUCAAGGCUGCCUUGCCACCCAAGGACUUUGCCCACAAGAGACAGAAGACCAUGCAGGUGGAUGCCACAGUGUUUACCUGCAUCAGCAUGCUCUCCAGAGCCAUGGGUCCCAGCAUCCAACCAGACAUCAAAGAGCUGCUGGAGCCUAUGCUGGCUGUAGGCCUGAGUCCUGCGCUGACAGCAGUGCUGUAUGACCUGAGCCGUCAAAUCCCCCAGUUGAAGAAGGACAUCCAGGAUGGCCUGCUAAAGAUGCUUUCCCUGGUGUUGAUGCACAAGCCGCUGCGUCACCCCGGCAUGCCCAAAGGCUUGGCUCACCAGCUUUCCUCGCCAAGCCUCACAAACAUCCCAGAAGCCAGUGACGUAGGCAGCAUCACACUGGCCCUACGCACGCUGGGAAGCUUUGAGUUCGAAGGACACUCCCUCACCCAGUUUGUGCGCCACUGUGCUGAUCACUUCUUGAACAGCGAACACAAGGAAAUCCGGAUGGAGGCAGCUCGGACCUGCUCACGCCUUCUUACCCCCUCCAUCCACCUGCUGAGCGGCCAUGUUGUUAGCCAGACCGCUGUGCAGGUUGUUGCAGAUGUGCUCAGCAAGCUGUUAGUUGUUGGCAUCACUGACCCAGAUCCAGACAUUCGAUAUUGUGUGCUGGCAUCUCUUGAUGAGCGCUUUGACGCUCACCUUGCCCAGGCUGAGAACUUGCAGGCGCUGUUUGUUGCACUAAAUGAUGAGGUGUUUGAGAUCAGAGAGCUGGCCAUCUGUACAAUCGGACGCCUCAGCAGCAUGAACCCGGCCUUUGUCAUGCCCUUCCUACGCAAGAUGCUCAUUCAGAUCUUAACAGAGUUGGAGCACAGUGGUGUCGGCAGGAACAAAGAGCAAAGUGCUCGAAUGCUUGGCCAUCUAGUCUCCAACGCCCCCCGCCUCAUACGGCCAUAUAUGGAGCCCAUCCUCAAGGCUUUAAUCCUCAAGCUGAAAGACCCAGACCCCAACCCUGGAGUGGUCAUUAGUGUCCUGGCGACAAUUGGCGAGUUGGCCCAGGUGAGCGGCUUGGAGAUGAGGAAGUGGAUGGACGAGCUUUUUCCAAUCAUCAUGGACAUGCUGCAAGACUCCUCGUCAUUGGCCAAACGACAGGUGGCACUGUGGACACUGGGCCAGCAGGUAGCUAGUACAGGUUAUGUGGUGGAGCCCUACCGCAAGUACCCCUCCCUUCUGGAGGUGCUGCUCAACUUCCUCAAGACGGAACAAAACCAAGGCAUAAGGAGAGAGGCUAUCCGUGUACUGGGUCUUCUCGGAGCUCUGGACCCCUACAAGCACAAGGUGAACAUCGGGAUGAUUGACCAGUCGCGAGAUGCCUCUGCCGUCAGUCUCUCUGAGUCCAAGUCCAGUCAGGACUCAGCGGAUUACAGCACUAGUGAGAUGCUAGUGAACAUGGGCAACCUGCCCUUGGAUGAGUUUUAUCCUGCAGUGGCAAUCGUCACUUUGAUGCGCAUCCUGAGAGACCCUUCACUCUCCAACCACCAUACUAUGGUGGUCCAGGCUGUCACCUUUAUCUUUAAGUCUCUGGGCCUCAAGUGUGUCCAGUUCCUGCCCCAGGUCAUGCCUACUUUCCUCAAUGUCAUUCGGGUGUGUGAUGCCAGUAUCAGAGAGUUCCUCUUCCAGCAGAUGGGAAUGGUGGUGUGCUUUGUGAAGAUCCACAUCCGCCCUUACAUGGACGACAUCUUCACCCUCAUCCGAGAGUACUGGACCCCAAACAACCCCAUGCAGAACACCAUCAUCCUUCUGAUCGAGCAGAUUGUGGUGGCGCUGGGUGGAGAGUUCAAGCUCUACCUGCCUCAGCUUAUCCCACACAUGUUGCGUGUCUUCAUGCACGACAACAGCACCGGGCGCAGUGUUACCAUCAAGAUGCUCAAUGCCAUCCAGCUGUUUGGUGCCAACCUAGAUGACUACCUGCACUUGCUGCUGCCACCCAUUGUAAAACUAUUUGAUGCCUCUGAUGUGCCCCUGCAGGCCCGCAAGGUUGCCUUGGAGACACUGGACCGGCUGACAGAGUCCCUGGACUUCACAGACUAUGCUUCACGCAUUAUCCACCCGAUUGUUCGGACACUUGAUAGCACUCCUGAGCUUCGCUCCACCUCUAUGGACACCCUGUCCUCGCUAGUCUUCCAGUUGGGAAAAAAGUACCAGAUCUUCAUCCCCAUGGUGAACAAAGUGAUGCUGAAGCAUAGGAUCAACCACCAGCGUUAUGACAUACUCAUAUGUCGUAUUGUUAAGGGCUAUACUCUGGCUGAGGAGGAAGAGGACCCUCUAAUCUUCCAACAUCGCCAUCUUCGUGGUAACCAAGGUGAUGCUCUGGUCAGCGGGCCUGUAGAGGCGGGGCCUAUGAAAAAGCUUCAUGUCAGCACUACUGCACUUCAGAAGGCUUGGGGUGCUGCCAGAAAGGUGUCCAAAGAUGAUUGGUUGGAAUGGCUGAGGCGCUUGAGUGUCGUGCUACUCAAGGAGUCGUCCUCCCCAGCUUUGCGGUCAUGCUGGUCACUAGCACAAACCUACAUCCCUCUCGCCAGGGACCUGUUCAACGCAGCCUUCCUGUCUUGUUGGUCUGAGCUGAGUGAGGACCAGCAGGAUGAGCUCAUCCGCAGCAUUGAAUUAGCUCUCACCUCCCAGGACAUCGCCGAGGUCACACAGACUCUGCUCAACCUGGCAGAGUUCAUGGAGCACAGUGACAAGGGCCCUCUGCCCCUCAGAGAUGAUAAUGGCAUUGUGCUGCUUGGCGAGAGAGCUGCCAAAUGCCGUGCCUACGCCAAGGCUUUGCACUACAAAGAGCUGGAGUUUCAGAAAGGUCCUUCUCCACUCAUCCUGGAGGCUCUCAUCAGCAUCAACAAUAAACUGCAGCAGCCAGAAGCGGCAUCUGGGGUCCUUGAGUACGCCAUGAAGCAUUUUGGAGAACUGGAAAUCCAAGCCACCUGGUAUGAGAAGCUACAUGAGUGGGAGGAUGCCCUGGUAGCAUACGACAAGAAGAUUGACAUGAACAAAGAAGAUCCAGAGCUCAUCCUGGGCAGAAUGCGCUGCUUAGAGGCCCUUGGAGAAUGGGGCCAGCUGCACCAGCAGUGCUGCGAGGAGUGGACACUGGUCAGCGAGGAAACCCAGGCCAAGAUGGCGCGAAUGGCGGCUGCUGCUGCCUGGGGUCUAGGGCACUGGGACAGCAUGGAGGAGUACACGUGUAUGAUCCCAAGAGACACACAUGAUGGGGCUUUUUACAGAGCAGUGCUAGCCCUGCAUCAGGACCUAUUCUCAUUGGCCCAGCAGUGUAUUGACAAAGCAAGAGACCUCCUGGAUGCUGAGCUGACGGCCAUGGCUGGAGAGAGCUACAGUCGAGCCUACGGGGCUAUGGUGUCUAGCCAGAUGCUGUCAGAGCUAGAGGAGGUGAUCCAGUAUAAGCUGGUGCCAGAGAGGAGAGACAUCAUUAGGGAUACGUGGUGGGAGAGGCUUCAGGGUUGUCAGCGUAUCGUGGAGGACUGGCAAAGGAUUCUGAUGGUUAGAUCGAUUGUCAUCAGCCCCCACGAGGACAUGAGGACAUGGUUAAAAUAUGCCAGCCUCUGUGGCAAGAGUGGCCGCCUGGCGCUGGCCCAUAAGACCCUUGUGCUCCUUCUGGGUGUCGACCCCUCGAAACAACUUGAUCACCCGCUGCCCACAGCCCACCCACAUGUCACCUACGCUUAUAUGAAGUACAUGUGGAAGAGUGCCCGCAAGAUUGAUGCCUUCCAGCACAUGCAGCACUUUGUGCAGGGGAUGCAGCAGCAAGCCCAACAUGCCAUCGCAGCCGAAGACCAACAGCAUAAGCUGGAGCUCCACAAACUGAUGGCCAGAUGUUUCUUGAAGCUGGGAGAGUGGCAGCUCAGUCUGCAGGGCAUCAACGAGAGCACCAUCCCCAAGGUUCUGCAGUAUUACAACCACUCUACUGAGCAUGACCGCAACUGGUACAAGGCCUGGCAUGCCUGGGCGGUAAUGAACUUUGAGGCAGUGCUGCACUACAAACACCAGAACCAAGGACGUGACGAGAAGAAGAAGCUGCGACACGCUAGUGGUGCCAGUGCUAAUAGUGAAGCCAGCAACAGCGACAGCGAGGCCGACAGCACUGACCACAGUCCUGUGCCCUCACCCGCCCAGAAAAAGGUCAAUGAGGUGAGAGUCACAGAGAAUGAAGUCCUCUACACACCCAUCCUCAUCGGUCAUUCAGUGUUCUCCUCUUCUACCAGUCCAACCAAGGACCUCUCAAAGACGUUGCUCCUCUACACAGUUCCUGCUGUUCAAGGUUUCUUCCGCUCCAUUUCCCUGUCCAGAGGCAAUAACCUGCAGGACACACUACGGGUUCUGACUCUAUGGUUUGACUACGGUCAUUGGCCUGAGGUGAACGAAGCCCUGGUUGAGGGUAUCAAGACCAUUCAAAUAGACACCUGGCUCCAGGUGAUCCCUCAGCUCAUAGCUCGAAUUGACACUCCUCGAGCCCUGGUGGGUCGCCUCAUCCACCAGCUGCUAACAGACAUCGGACGGUAUCAUCCCCAAGCUUUGAUCUACCCGCUGACUGUGGCCUCUAAGUCCACCACAACAGCCCGCCACAAUGCUGCUAACAAGAUCCUGAAGAACAUGUGUGAACACUGCAACACUCUGGUUCAGCAGGCCAUCAUGGUGAGUGAAGAGCUUAUCAGAGUGGCCAUCUUGUGGCACGAGAUGUGGCACGAGGGCCUUGAAGAGGCGUCACGUCUUUACUUUGGUGAGCGCAACGUCAAGGGCAUGUUUGCUGUGCUGGAGCCUCUACAUGCCAUGAUGGAGAGGGGACCACAAACCCUCAAAGAGACCUCUUUUAACCAGGCUUAUGGCAGAGACUUGAUGGAGGCUCAGGACUGGUGCAGGAAGUACAUGCGCUCCGGAAACGUGAAAGACCUGACACAGGCGUGGGACCUCUACUACCAUGUAUUUAGACGUAUCUCCAAACAGCUGCCACAGCUGACCUCCCUGGAGCUACAAUAUGUGUCUCCAAAGCUGCUGAUGUGCCGGGACCUGGAGCUGGCAGUACCAGGCACUUAUGACCCCAACCAGCCUAUCAUCCGCAUCCAGUCCAUCGCUGCCUCCCUGCAGGUCAUCACCUCCAAGCAGCGCCCACGCAAACUCACCAUCAUGGGAAGCAAUGGCCAUGAGUUCAUGUUCCUGUUGAAGGGCCAUGAGGACCUGAGGCAGGAUGAGAGAGUCAUGCAGCUGUUUGGUCUGGUCAACACACUUCUGGCUAACGACCCUGCGUCCUUACGCAAGAACCUCAGCAUUCAGCGCUACGCAGUGAUUCCCCUAUCUACCAACUCAGGCCUGAUUGGCUGGGUGCCCCACUGUGACACCCUGCAUGCCCUCAUCAGAGACUACAGAGAGAAGAAAAAGAUUUUGCUCAACAUUGAACAUCGCAUCAUGCUCAGGAUGGCCCCAGACUACGACCACCUGACGCUGAUGGAGAAGGUGGAGGUGUUUGAACACGCUGUCAAUAACACGGCUGGAGACGACCUGGCCAAGCUCUUGUGGCUGAAGAGCCCCAGCUCUGAGGUGUGGUUCGACAGGAGGACCAAUUACACACGCUCCCUGGCUGUGAUGUCCAUGGUGGGCUACAUCCUCGGACUGGGUGACAGGCAUCCAUCCAACUUGAUGUUAGAUCGGUUAAGCGGCAAGAUUCUCCACAUUGACUUUGGAGACUGUUUUGAGGUCGCCAUGACCAGAGAGAAGUUUCCUGAAAAGAUCCCAUUCCGACUAACGAGGAUGCUGACCAACGCCAUGGAGGUGACAGGCUUGGACGGUAACUACCGGAUCACCUGCCACACAGUGAUGGAGGUCCUGAGGGAGCACCGGGACAGUGUCAUGGCUGUGCUGGAGGCCUUUGUCUACGACCCGCUGCUCAACUGGAGGCUCAUGGACACAAACACCAAAGGCAACAAGCGGUCCCGCACUAGGACCGACUCGUACACUGCUGGACAGUCAGUGGACGCUCUUGAGGGAAUAGACAUUGGAGAGACCACACACAAGAAACCAGGGACCACAGUUCCUGAAUCCAUCCACUCAUUCAUUGGAGACGGUUUGGUACAACCUGAGGCACUCAACAAGAAAGCCAUUCAAAUUAUCAACAGAGUAAGAGACAAACUUACAGGUCGAGACUUUUCUCAUGAUGAGACACUAGAUGUGCCAACACAAGUGGAGCUUCUCAUCAAGCAGGCCACUUCACAUGAAAACUUGUGCCAGUGCUACAUUGGAUGGUGUCCAUUUUGGUGAGAACCGUCUCCGGCAGACAAAGUUACACUUUUUACACUUUUUUUCUCACUGGUAAACCAAGAAGAAGCAUUCAAAUACAUGGAUAUCCACUGGAAUAUGUACUUAAGACAUGAUG